AUGCUAAAAAUCAGAUUAAAAAGACUUGGUCGAAAAAAGCAACCUAGCUAUCGUAUAAUUGUAAUUGAUAGCAGAAAAAGAAGAGAUGGAAAAGCUUUAGAAGAAGUAGGUUUCUACAAUCCUAUUAAUAAUCAAACAAAAUUAAAGACCUUACAAAUACAAAAAAGAAUCAAUGAAGGUGCACAAAUGACUAAAACAGUAAAAAAUAUUCUAGCAAAAACAAUCAAUAACUAA